UGUCAGGGUGGGGAGAGCAGAAGUAAAUAUACCCAUAUUUAACAUGUAUAUGCAUGUCCAUACAUGCAGGAUGGUUUACUACUGGCUUCAAAAUUUCCUAGUGGAGAAAGUUCUCUAUUCCACUCCCUUUGCUUAUUGAGCUCUCAAAGCUUUCAGCCUUGCUUACAGUGUGCAUUGUAAGAAGCACUGGAAGAAAUCUCUGCAGCAUUGCUUACUCAAUUUCCUACAGAUGAGGAACACCUCUCCCACACAAAAAAGCUUCUGCAUUCUGAUGCGAGCUUGCAGUGUUCAUUUACACACCUUCAAUAUCAGCCCAUAUUAAUACCCAGUCCCAGGAAAUGCAUCUGCUCAGCUUUACAGUCACAAGAAAUCAGCGGGACUACUCAGAUACCUUGGCAUAUGCUUACUGACCGGUAACACUAGAACACAAGGUGGGCUAGAGACCAACUGUCAGAUGAGGUUCAGCAAGAGGACAUCCAAGACCUUCCUUCCAGUGGAGAAAGAAGAGGCAUAUGCAGAAGGCAGAGCAUCAUUCCACCUGUCUAUCUGAAGCAGGUGAGCAUGGCCUUCAGCUGAGGGAAGUCCUAUCAGGACUUGCUGAAACCCAGUUUCUCUUAGUGACAUUUUUCUGUGCUGUUUCCAUGCUGUUUUGUACUCCAAACAGUCCCCAAGAUCUGUGCAAUACUCUAAACACAGUACUGAUGAGACCUUACACAUAUGGAGUGUGUUUUGCAGGAUGACUCCUUGCUCCUUCAGGCUUCAUUGGCAUCAAAACAGAGCAGAAGCUGCUUUUCCAGACAACCAAGGCAUGCAGAAGCAUGAGAUGUUUUGCCCUCAUUCCUGGCCUUGGAUAUCUGAAGUGCAGACCUUUACUAGUUUUAAUUUUCAUGACCUGACAAGGCUCAGACACAGUUGCUGCCCUCCAGCUGUGACCCUGAGCUAAAGAACCUGCACUUUUUACCUCCAAACCUAGUACUGGCUGUACAACAGUCAGCUCUCAUCCUUACGCAGCUGCUGCUCCACCUGUAUGCAGCACCAAUAAAUACCCAAAGAAAAUCAAUUAACUAUCCUGCUGUUUCUUGUUAGCUUAAGUUCUCUGUAGGUAGCCAGGAUUACUUUUUCUUCCUUACAUAAUCAACCCCUCCUCUCCUUUAGGGAACAAAGCAAUAGCAAAUCAGACAUAGUCCACAAGAAGCUCUCCUGGGGCCCAGCAUGUAAAAGAAAAAGGCCUUGCUUUGCCCUGUUAAUAAGGUUUAUUUAUUACCUGCGAACACCGACGGCUUUCCUAGCUACACUCUUAGAGCUCACAGCCCCUUCUGUUAGAAAGGAAGAACUACACUCACCAAACUUCCUACAGAUCAUGUGCUUUCCCAAAAGGAAGAAGCACAAAGGCUUCUACAGGUAACUGGAGGGAAACAGGUCUCCUCAGCUUAAGGAAAAGCUUCACAGGUGUCUCAACCAAUGAGAACAAAGGAACCACAGAGCUCUCUCACCACUCUCCCCAUCACCCAGCAGCAGCAACAUCAGCUCUGCACACUGCUGCCCCAAAGUGCCACACCGGGAGCCUGCAGGGAGCCUGCACCCCCCGAACUCCGCUCAACCCACCAGCAGCCACAAGGCGGAAGCACACCCUAACCGGAAGCGGUACCCCGUACCUCACUUCCGCUCAGCUCCGCCAUUUCCGUCCCGCGCCCUCUGACGUCACGCAGCCCCGCAGCCAAUCAGCGCGAGGGGGUUCCAACUCAAAUCCUCUCCUGGGCGCUGCGCGCGCUCCGUGAGUGGCACGAGGCGGGGCGGGGCCGGACCGCUACCAGGCGGGACCGGGAUCCGGGGAGCGGGCCGUGACGGGACAGGACGGGCCGCGACAGGACGACUGACAGCGGGACAGCUUGCCGCCUCCCGCCGCGAUGAUUGCUACUCCCCGCCGCGGUGAGAUGCCGUUCCAGGCGGUGUCCCUCAGCUCCGUCCCGGCGGGCACGCUCACCCCGCUGAAGGCCCUGCGGUGCCGCGGUGACGCCGCGCUCUGCCCGCCCGGCCCGGUGCUGCAAUCCACGCUGCUGGACGGCGGCGCGGGCGGGCGGGAGCCGCUGGAGAUCAGCGAGAUCCGGCCCGGGCCCGGACCGCCACCGCCGAAACGCCGCGCACGCGAGCCGCCCGCCCGGCAAUCCCCGGCCGCGGCCUUCCUGAGGAUGAAGAUGAAGAGCGGCAGCAGCGACCGCAUCCUGACGCCCGGCGGGCCCGGGCCGCGCGUUGCGGGCGCUGGGCAGCGCGGGGUCGCGGAGCCGCUCAAGAGAGAAUUACCUUGCAUUCGGAUUCCUCAGAACCAGGCUGUGAAAAUGCUGAACGUAGACCCCAUUGUGUUGGAAUCUCCUCAGAAGUUCUUCUUGCGUGUAAAGCAGAAAUUGCAGCAGAACCAGCAGCAAAAAGAUCCAACACUUCCAAGCCCAAACAAGCAGAAUGUUCCUCCUCCCCCAACUGCAGAAAAGCCGAUAAUUAAAUCUGCUUUUGCUGAGCUGCUCCCAAAUGCUCAGACAGCGUGUGUGGCUGCUGCUAAGGACAAUGAGGAUAAUUUCCUUGUGGAGUCAAUGGAUGCUGAUGAUGAAAUGUCUCUAAAUACAGGAACAAGUACUGUGGGUGUCCGUUCUACCCCUUCUGACUCUGGGGAACAGUUAGAAGAAAGAUGUGGAAACAGAGAAGCAAAACGUACUGAACUUCAACAGGAGAAAGGACGGCUGCAGCCAAGCAAUCAGCGAGCUGAGCACAGAGCAGAAAAGAUAUUGGUGACUGCAGCUCAAAAACCCACACAGCACUUCUGCAAUGUUGUGCUCACUACUCAUGAAGCCUGCAUGCCACGGAAGCAGAAGCAGAAAGAAAACUGUAAUGGCCCUUUGGAUAAACGUCAGGCUGAUCAAAUUGCUGUUACUGCUGACAAAGAGGUGGGGGAGCGAGAGAGCGUCAUGGUGGAGCUGAGCAGUAUAAAAACUCCUCAGACUAUAGUGAAAAGAAUCUGCCUUUCCAGCUGGCGCAUUAAAGUGAUGAGUGGUAACACUGCAGUGUGUGUCGAAGGAAAACGAAAAGAUAUGAAAGAUAUGUUAUGGCAUAGUAACGCAGUUGUAGAACGUGUAGCAUACAACCAAGUUAAAACAGCAUCUGGCAAUAUCUACUUGCUACAGGGACAUAUAGAUUCUGUUUGGAUGAGAAAAGAAGGUUUUUCCUAUCAGUUCACCAAAAGAUUUACAUUUGGGUUUUCCAAAAGGUGGAAGGAAUACGUUGAGGAGUUACUCAAGGAAUUAAGAAGGAAAGAACACAAAAAAAGGAUUGGUGAAGAUAAAAAUGAUGAGAGUGACUCAAUGGUGGAUACAGAUGAGGUGGAAAGUGCAGAAGACUCAGCAAGAAAUGUAAGGAAACGUGAAACAAGGAACACUACAUAUGAAGUGUUACCAAGGAAAGAUGAACACACUUAUCAAACACCAAAAAACAAACCCCCACUGAAUGGCUCCAAUGAGAUCUACACUCGUAGCGGCCGUCUGGUCAAACCACCGCUCAGCUUCUGGUGUGGGGAGCGAGAGUUUGUGGAUCAGGAGCUCAAUGUUACAAUACAGAAAGGUGGAACAGAUUAUCUGAGCAUGAUGCAUAGUACUGAAAAACCUAAAAGAAAAACCACUUCGCUCUCUAAGAUGAAGGAAAGAAAGGAUUCAGCAAAGACAGUGGAAGAAAAAACAAAAAGCCAAGAUAAAGGGAAAAGUGAAGAAAAAAGAGUGAGUACUAAACACAAAGCCACAUCCACUGAAAGCAGAGAGGUCAGGCGCUUUAUUUCAGGUGAUGAAAGUGAUCAUGCAAGUGAUGAUAAUAAAAUUAAAACAUGGCUUUCCAAUAAGGAGACUCGCUUAAAUACUGAAGAUGCAAACAAGCAUAACUAUAAUAGCAGAAACACAGGAAGAAGAAAAGAAAAGACAGGAAAAGAAUAUGGAGAAGUGACUACAGGUCAGAAUAUGCACUCCUUAAGGUCAGCCAGAAAACCUUCUCGAGGUAAGCCUUUAACAGAGGAAUCCUCAAGCAAAGAUGGGGAAGAGGAAUCCGGUGAUUAUAUCCAAUUGACUGUCAAAAGGAAAAAUAAACCUUUUUUGCCAAAAGAGAUUCAAAACUCUGAAUCUUCGUCUACCUGUGAAAAGCUGCAGGGCAGCACAAGCGAGGUGUCGAGUGAAUGCCGGGCAGUCACACACUGCACUGCUGCCUCCCAUACUAUGCAGCUGAGGCAAAGGAUACCUGCCUUCAUUGAGAGUUCAGAUUCUUCUGAAGAAGAAACCUCUUCCGGAGAGGAAUAUCACACAAAGAAAAAGAGAUCAGAAGUAUCCAAUAAAAAAGCAAACAGCAAUGUUAAUCAUAUUGCCAAGCCUUCAGCAGCAAGACCAAGUGAAUCCAAGGGGGAUAAGGUGCACAAAACUCUCGGUUUUUUUUCAAAGGCAGCUGAUGACUGGUCUCAAAAGGAACUGCAGAAGCUGCACAGGGCAGUGGCUUCGUUUCCAAAGCACAAGAAUGGUUUCUGGGUGGAGGUAGCGAUGGCUGUCGGGUCUCGUUCUGCUGAGGAAUGCCAUCAGAAAUACACAGAAGAACAGGCAAAAACUUCCAAAAGACCUGCCACAAAGAAAGCCAUGUCAGGAAAGCCAGAACAGAAAGAUAAGACAGAACCAGUUGCAAUAACUGCCAAAGUGGGAACCUUCAAGAGAAAGCAGCAGAUGAGAGAUUUCCUGGACAAUUUGCCAAAGGACGAUCAUGAUGAUGUUUUCACUGCUACACCCUUUCAAAAUAGACGAGUGAGGUUACCAACGUUCCUGGGAAGCCACGAUGAUGACGAUGACUUUGCACUUACAAACAACCCAAUCACACCUUCCUCAGCUGUCUUCCCUCUGGCCAAAACCCCUCAGUGUGAGCACAUCAGCCCUGGUAUGCUGGGACCUAUCAACAGGAAGGACUGCGACAGACACGUGUUUAGGAUGCAGAAAACUCAGGGCUGCAGGAACAGUUGGGACAAAGUGAAGAAGCAGCAGGCUGGCACUUUGCAUGGCACACCAGCUUCGAGCAGAACCAAGUUCACCUUUGAUAAAAAAGUGCAGCAGAGCCCUGCUGUAGGGAAGCUCUUUGUGGCUGAGGCAGCAGAUACAUCAGAUGAAGAACAGGAAGAUUCCUACUUUUCUGUUUGAACUUCUGGAGGUUUUAUUCAGUAUUUAUGAACUUGUAUAAAAAAAGCCAAAGGAGGAGCUUCAGCCACCUCUCUGUGCUCCUGUGUUCCUGCUUGAAGCUCAUUUUGGCUGACCUGACCUGCAGUGGAGCUGUGGUUGCAGCACGUUGUCAGUUGGGUGCUGCUCAGUACUGAGGAUGGCUUCUCCUGUGUACAAAGUGAACUUCCUUGCCCAGGUUCCCCCCUUCCUUUGCCACGUUUCUCCUGGUGAAGGCAGAAAUGUACUCCCCUACAUGGGUUUGCUCUAAGAUAAAAUCUAGAAAUAUUGUUGUACAGUACCUUUUUUAAUAACACAGUUUGUAAUGAAUUGAAAGUGCUUUAUACUUUGAGAAUUUUUUUUUAACACGAAUGUAGCAGCAGUUUUAUGAGCUCUUAGAGAAGCAGUGAUCUGAAAUUGGUAGGGACCGUUAUAUGUAAGCUCUCUCUUAAAAUACUGCUUCCUGUCCCCUGUCAGCAAUGCUCAGUACUUUUAGUGUAGUACAGAAGAAUAAAGCUUUGAGCAUCUCUUUUCUCUGCAUGGGAGGUAACAGGAAAAAAUAAUUCGUAGUUCUUCAGCUCAGGAACUUGCACUGCAGGCUGUCAUGCUCUGGGCCCCAUGCCUGAGCUGCUGGGUGCCCCUUUCUGCCUCCUCCUUACUGGGAAAACCUUCAUGUGCUCUGAAAUAAAUUUGCAGGACUUACAUUUGGGCUGAGCUGCUUUGAAAGCGGCUGCUGAGCUCUGCUGGGCUCUUCAGCUUUAUCUUCCUUAGAAAGAUAAGAGAGCCCUCUGCAUGCAUGGAAAUGGGGACAGGUGUACCUUCCCAGGGGAGCAGCUUUUGCUGUCUGCUGCCACUGCUGCAAUUGGUGACAAUGGGCACAGUUACCAUCCCAGCAGCACCAUGUAUGUCUGAUAUGAAAAUCACACACUGUAAAGGUAAGGUGGAGUGAAGCUUCUGAGGAAUUCCUGUGCAGAUAAGAAAGCUUUGCUUGAAUUUCUGCCAUAAUUAUUCAUAUGGCCUUAAUUGAAGCCGUGAAUGGGGAGUAAGGGCCUCUGCCUGCCAUAUUCCUUCCUACUGCAGGACUUCAGUCAGCUGGCAGGGAGCAGCUUGGGGGCAUUCCUUAUGGGGAGAGGGGGAAAAUAACACCGUGGAAACCUGAGGAGCAAUCCCUGCACAGAGCAGUGAGGUGGGAGCGAAGGAGGGCAGCUCUCUGGCCCUUUUCAGCCCAUUGGCACCACUGCACCUUGCAGCACGUGUGAGUACAGCUCCACUUCCCUGCCUCCAAAGGAAAGAUUGCUGGUGAAAGGGAAAAGUUAAAGGUGAGCCUUCUUCCAGUUGAUCUAGCUCCCACUGAGCCCUCUGUGCCUCAAGGGCAGGAUGUCCCUGCGAGUGGCUGUAGCCAGCUGCUGUGUGACAGCACACACUGCUACAGCAGGGCACUUCUGCUGAGGCCCCAGUGCUGCCCUGAGCUGUGGGUGUCCAUCCCUGGAGGUUUCCUGGAUGGGGCAAUGGGCAGCCUGAGCUGGGGGCACUCAGCCCAUGGCAGGGGUGGGGCUGUGAGGGCCCUUCCCACCCAGUUGUGCAGUGGUCCAAUGGAGGUGGGUACUUACUGCCCCGGGCCCAUCCAUCCCAGCUGUAACCCCAAGAACUGCUCUGUGUUCUGUGCAGAACAGACACCACCAGCAGGACAGGAGUGCUGAGAUGAUGGCUCAUCUUUAGGCACUGUGGUA